AUGUCAUUGCUGAUCGGUGCUGAUAAUUCGAAUAUUCCACAUCCCGGUACAUCGUUUAAUGAGCUACCAACCAUAAACCGUCAUCAUUAUUCCGAAUCGGUUGCUACCACUGCUACCACUACCAUCAAUAGUAAUAGAAAUAGCAAUCUGAAAUACCAUGAUAGUAAUGGUGAUGUAAUAACGGUACUUACAAACAAUCAUGCAGCAGGUGGUAGUGAUAUGUCACCACGAAGUUUUCAACCUAAUCACAUUGAUGACGAUAUGGAUCCACAGGAAUUGGCAACAAUACCACGUAAAUAUGAAUAUUACUUCAUGCCAAAUAAAUCACAAGUACUAUUUUAUUUGAGUGAUGCAUCACUGCUAAGGAUUCGAAGAGCUGGAACUGAAUUACAGGUAACCGAUUCCAUCGAUUUUCCAUUGUUUGAUAUUUGGGAAGAAGUAAACUGUGAUAAAUCAACAAUGAUUUUGGAGUCAUACGGUAGAACGGUUCUACUCAUAUCGAAAAGUUCAACUGUUGGAUGUAUUUCUAGGAAUAAAUCAGAACCACCUUUAGUUGCUGUAAAUGAUUGGAACGGUGAUUUAUUUGGUUACUUUGUGCCUGGUGAUCCAUUUCUGAUAGAAGAUAGUGAUAAGCAAACGGUUGCAAAAAUUUUAGCUGCUGAAAGUGCAUACGGAAGGGUUACCGUAUGGAUUUGUGUAUUAGAAGGAUCCGGUCAAGAAAUGGCUCGAAUGGAGGAGUACAGUACAAUUUAUUUUAGCAAGAAUGUUGGUGGUUUUCAAUUAAAAUUACUAGCUUUGGCUGCAUUUGCCCGUUUAACCGUUUCGGAAUUUGUUCAGCAUCAAUCCUGUUGUGGCGCUUUCUUUUCAAUGUUAUUCCGCUGCUAA